AUGACCUUAAGCCAAGCGCUGUGGAUGCUGGCCCUUCCCUUCAGCGCCUCGGUUGCACUUUUACUCCUCGGCUGGACCCUUUACUAUGACUUCACCAGGACACGAAUCCCGCCGGGCAUCAGCCAGGGGGCAAAACUGCGCCUGAUCAAUUGGAUCAUGAACCUUCUUCUCAAACUGGCCGUGAUUCUGGAGAAACUUGGCAUCUGCCCCCAAUACGUGGUAUGGAGGCACAUGAUCAACGGGAUCCCCCCGGGGAGAGCCCCCGACCUGACCAUCAAGGAGAUGCUUUUCGAGGCGGUGCCCGUGAGGGUCUAUUGGCCCAGGAGAGCAGGUGCCGAGCCCAGGCGAGGACUGGUCUGGAUCCACGGAGGAGUGGGCCUCUUUGGGAGCCCCCGAGCCUACGAACGGCUGUGCCGCCUGAUUGCCCGGGAGAGUGCCACGGUGGUCGCGUGCAUAGGAUACCCCUUGGCCCCGGAGCACCCCUACCCGGCUCAGCAACUCAGCUGCUACGCUGCCGUGGCGCACUUCCUGAAGAACGCGGGGGGCUACGGGGUGGACCCCCAGCGGGUCGUGCUGGCUGGCGACAGCAGCGGCGCUGCCAUUGUGGCUGCCAUUUCCCAGCAACUGGUGAUGAGGAGCGACCUGCCGCCUGCCAGAGGCCACGUCCUGCUCUACCCUUUCCUCCAAGCUCUGGACUUCAACCUGCCUUCCUAUCAGCAAAACCACUCCGUUCCCUUGUUAAUUAGAAAACAGGCUCUUUCUCUCGGCUUGCUGUAUCUGUUAGGAACUGAUGCCAGGGUGGAUGAAAUUAUGGGCUAUGCCCACGUUCCCCAGGAGCUCAGGGCAAAGUACCGGAAAUGGAUCAGCGCAGAACUCAUCCCGGAGGAGUUCAAACUCUCGGCUCAGGAGCCCUUUGUACCCCGUCCUUUUUCAGAAGAUCUUUACCAAGCGUGCAAAAGAGCGUUUGAGCCCACGUUUUCCCCGCUCCUGGCGGAAGAUGCCGUCCUCCGGCAGUUUCCAGAGACUUUGCUUCUAACCUGCGAGUACGACGUAUUCCGAGACGACGGCCUACUCUACAAGAAACGCCUGGAAGGGAACGGCGUGCCUGUCACCUGGCAUCACCUGAAGGACGGCUUCCACGGGACCUGCCUGCUGACCGGUUUGGGGCCCCUGGAGUUUCCCAGUACCAGGAAGAGCAUGGAAAGCAUAAUCCAGUUCCUGGAGCGCUUCUAG